CAAAAAUCCCAUAUCUUACACCGGUUCUGCCCUGUAAAAUUGCAUUGUACAGCUUGUCAUGAUCUGGGUCGUCUUCUUCUUGAAGCUCAAACCCUAAGCGGACCAAGCACGUGAGUCUCUGUGAUAAAAUUUUGGCGUACUUGCUACUGUACCAAUACCAAACACGAGAAACUAAAACACCCUUUGAUUUGUUGGUUUCGGCCCGUUUGAGUGUCUCCACCAUAUUAAACCAAACCUUGUGCUGCAACUCUCAAAAACUGCCAAAGCAAAAAAAAAGGUUGGCGCCCACUGCAUCAAUCUUCCUCUGUAGUCUGUACUCCGCUUCCAUCCAUCCCCUUAUAAGCCAUUAAUUCACCAAACUAAAACCAUCCACUUCUCAAAAACCAUACCCACAAAGCUUAAUCAGCUUCCUCAGUUUCCUGAUCAACUAUCUACACUACACUAUUGGAGUUUCUCCUCUGAACUGAUCAGAAAAGAAAUGCCAGGAAAUGCCACCCUUCACCCUCAUAAACCCUCAUUUGGGUCCAAACUUUCUCACCCAAAUUACAAGAAUCGGCCUGAAUUGUUACCGGGGCAUGCUUGUGUCAAAGCCCCACGCAGGAACAUCACACUGUGUGCUGCCACUGCAACAGAAAGCGUAGGUGGGUCUGUGAGGACAGUGAACUCAUCAUCAUCCACUCCAUUCUCAUUCUCAUUGACAACCGUUGCUAGGAGAACGCUCUACCAACUGCUCCAGGUGAAGGAAACCGCCUCACCAACCGAGAUCAAAGCAGCAUACCGUAGUUUGGCAAAGCAGUACCAUCCGGACGCCGUCCAUUCAUCCUCCGAUCCUGAUGUUCGGGGUUUCAUAGAGAUUCACAAUGCUUAUGCAACAUUAUCUGAUCCUGUGGCUCGGGCUCACUACGAUUUGUCAAUCGGUGCUGCUACUAGUGCUGCCGCACCUGCACGUCCUUAUAGGUACGCGGCAGGAUUCCCUAGUCCCACUAGAAGGUGGGAAACUGAUCAGUGUUGGUAGAAUUACUACCUGUUUUGUAUGAAAGAAACUGCAGUUGAACACCGAUCUCGUGCUUUUUAAUCGGUUCCAACUCAUCCCCCAUUGCUGCGUACGUCUUCAGGAUGGCUGUUUAUUACAUAGUUAACGACAUUACUAAUAGACAACCUUGACACCCACUUCUGAACGAUAAUAACACCGCCCACAUCCACUCAUCCAGGCAUAAUUUGCCAUGCAAAUCGAAUACAGGCUUUGGCCGAAAGUUCGAGGUUAGAACAAAAGGAAAAGCAAAAAACCCAACCACCAAGAAAAGGAGAAUAGAAAAAAUGAUCAGUUUUCAUGUGAUGUUCUUCAAAAGGGCAAAACAAAGCUGCAAAAGAUCUAUUUCACACAGGUAAUCAAGAUGCCAUCUCAUUAAAGAAGCUAUACUAUCUAUCCGGGGACUUUCUAGAUUUCUGUACAACCCAAUGUUUCCACUUACAACUUUGCAAUGAAUAUAGAGACAAGAUCGGGAGAAUCAUUUACAGCUCAUUAACACAGAGUUGAUGACAUGCAUAAGAAGGCGGAUGCUGCUGGUUUCUGAAGCAGAGGUGGUUGGUAGGUUGCGAUGAUGACCCAGUAUCUGGUAUACCUGCUCAAAAAUGGGAUGCACAUGCACUGUAAUCGUUGGAUCUGCUGGGUUUACGGCAACAGCUAUAUCUGUCAUCCAUGUCAGCUUUCUGGGUGUUUCGUUGCCAAUAUCAUAAGCCAAUUGUUGGAGAAGAGCUAGCAGAACUCCUUGGCUCAAAGGGAGUGGCACCGUUGACAAAAUUCUUUGUAAAUCAACCUGGUGGAAGAGGUCCAAAAAUGAGAACCGGGUUAUUAAAGCCAACAAUGAGUGUACUCAAUACUAGAAAUUUAAAUAAAUUUCCCGAUAUUUCUCUUUA